GCAGAGUUUUAAAGCAGACGGCUGGUCUCGGGCCUCUCGGCGGAUCAGAAAAGCGGUGGGGAGUUCGACAAACACACACCGCUUUAUAACAUAUAUAUGUGGUCGCGAGGUUUAUAUAGAAAGAAAGUUUCUCUCUCUCUCUCUGUUCGAUCUGAAAGGCGGGAAAAUAUUCAAUCCCGGGAUUCUCCUUUCACACCUUCGUCUCCUCCGGUGCUUCUCUCUCUGCAGAUCCGAAUCAUUCUUUUAUGUUAUUCACCGCGUCGAAUUGCUGUCGAAGUUGAUGGAUUCUGUAAAAAGUUGAGGAAUCUCAGUUAAAUAACAUCCAAACACAUCAGAACUUGCAGUGGUCUUUUACUUUGAGCAGAUGGAGCAUGUGGAUGCUGAUUCUCCAGCAAGGGAGAACAGUAAUACAAGGGCAAGUUCAAACCCCAUUAAAAGUACACAACAAGGAAACCAUCAGCUCGGCUAUGGACACAGACAAAGUGAAAGCACACCACAAGAAAAUAUUCAACUUGGCUCCGAACAGAUACAAAGUGAAAAUACACCACAAGAAAGCUGUCAAUUUGGCUCCAAACAUGUACAAAGUGAAAGUACACCACAAGAAAGCCAUCAGCUUGGCUCCGAACAUAUACAAAGUGUUUCUGUGGAAACAAUGAUGGUUCGAGGAGCUGAUUCUGCUGAUAUCAAACUAGUGGAACCUGCAGCUAAGGAUGCAGCAAAGAAUUGUUCUAGGUCUUCAAGCAAGAUGGCUAAAACCUCCCUUGGGUCAAGAAAAAGAACAUAUGUGUUAAGAUCCUCAGUUGGUAGUGCUAGAGUUCUUCGGUCAAGGCCUCAUGGAGCCUCCAAAGCUCCUGUUCAUCCUGUUCCAGUAGACAAGUCUGCGAAUGUUACUGCUGAGAGGAAGAAGAAAGAAAAAAAGAUAAAAACAAGUAGAAAAUUGAAUGAUGAAUUCUCAAGAACUAGGAAACGCUUAAGAUACUUGUUGACUCGAAUGAGCUAUGAGCAAAGCUUGAUCGAUGCUUAUUCUGGCGAUGGUUGGAAAGGACAAAGUUCAGAAAAAAUUAAGCCAGAGAAGGAGCUUCAGCGUGCCUCAACAGAAAUUUUACGUUGCAAACAGAAAAUACGCAUUUUAUUUCAACAUAUUGAUUCUUCGUGUGCUGAGGGAAGGCUUCAGGAAUCCUUAUUUGAUUCCGAUGGACAAAUCUACAGUGAGGAUAUAUUUUGUGCCAAAUGCGGAUCCAAAGACUUGACUACCACAAAUGAUAUUAUCCUCUGUGAUGGAAUGUGUAACCGUGGGUUUCACCAGAUGUGUUUGGACCCUCCACUGUUAAAAGAAGAAAUUCCUCCUGGAGAUGAGUGUUGGUUGUGCCCUGGAUGUGAUUGCAAAGUAGAUUGCAUCAACUUACUUAAUGACUCCCUAGGAACAGAUCUCUCUACUGCUGAUCAUUGGGAGAAGGUUUUUCCUGAAGCAGCUGCGACUGCAGCUAGAGAUAAGCCAGAUGAUGACUUAGGGCUGCCUUCAGAUGACUCUGAAGAUGAUGACUACAACCCUGAUGGACCACAAGAUGAUGGGAAGGCCCAGACAGAAGACUCAAGUUUCGAGGAAUCUGACUUCACUUCUGCAUCUGAAGACUCUAGGGCUUUACCGAAUGAUGACCUUUAUUUGGGGCUUCUUUCUGAUGAUGCAGAAGAUAAUGAUUAUGAUCCUAAUGCUCUAGAUCAUGAUGAACUGAUUAAGAAGGAAUCCUCAAGUUCUGAUUUUACUUCUGAUUCUGAGGAUUUCAGUGCUUCAGGUGAUGAUAGCAUGUCUUUUGGUGUUGUUGAAGUUGCUGAAUCAUUGUCAGUGGAUGAUGCCAAAUCCUUCAUAGGUUCAGAUCCAAAUGCCACACUUGUAUCAAGGAAAAGGAAUGUUGAGCGGUUGGACUACAAGAAGCUGCAUGACGAAACAUAUGGAAAUGUUCCUUCUGAUUCAAGUGAUGAUGAAGAUUGGACUGAGGGAAAUGCAUCAAGCAAAGGGAAGAGCAAUCCUUUGGGGAACUGUACCAUGUCACGGAAAGGAAAUUCUUCAAGUACUUUGAAUGAGACAAGUAAAGAUAUAAAGCGAAACUCAAGAGAGACUCAAAUUACCCCAGAAAGAAAUAUUCGUCAGAAGCUUGACAUUGAAGGUAUAAACAAAUCAGUGCGCUGUAAGCAUAAAGAUGGUUCAGAAGCUUUCUCUUCUGAGAAAUUGGCGACUGCAUCACCAUCAAGAAGUCUUGGAAAAGUUGCAACUCAGAGGCUUUCUGAGUCAUUGAGGGAAAACCAGUAUCCUGAUCGAUCAACAAAAGAGAAAUUGGUGAAAGAACUGGGAAUCACGCUCCGACAGGUUAGCAAAUGGUUUGAGAAUGCACGUAGAAGCUUGCGCUUAUCAGCAAAUAUUGGAGUCAGCAAAGCUGAAACCGUUUCCCCAAAUAAGGAGAGCAUCCUGAUGCAAUCCAAGAGAAAGGAUCUAGAGCCUGAACCUGAUAAUGAUGCUGAAGAUAGAAGGUCUAGUAAAACAGGUUCUGCUGAGGCCAUUGAUACAGAAUGUUGCAGCGGGAAUGACCACUGGAGGAAAUCUGUGACUGAGGAAAGCAGUCAAAGGAAAUCUGCUACUUCAGAGUCCAGAAAGAUGAGUCAGAAGGACGAUGAAGAAUCAGAUGAGAAGAAUAGUGUGGAGAUACCAAAGAAGGAUACUUCUGAGGAAUCACUGAAAGACCAAUCAGCCUCAACAAAUGACCAGACUCCAAAACAAGAAGUGAUGCAGUCUCAGAUCAAGACUAGAAGUAGAAAAUCUGCUGCAUGACUUCCUAAGAAACCAAAUCCUCUUUUAGGGAAAGAAGAAGGGGGGUUGGGGAUGGCUGCUGCAUGAUGAGUUGGGGAAGUUUGGAGAAAUAGCUGUUGCCCCUUAUCUUCAUGAUGGGAAUUUGCCUCCUUGAGAGCAGUCUCUUUGAACAAGAAGCUGUGUAGAUUUGCCUCCGAACUUUAACCCAAAUUCCCUGCAUUAUUGAGAUCUGUCCUGUUAUAUAAUCUGGAGGGGUACUUUUUACAGGAUUGAAACUGGGCUUGCCUUGCCCUGUCCAACUUAAUGAUGCCAUGGGGAACUGUCUGACAGCUCGGGUAUCUCUCGUUCAAUCUGAAGUACUCAACCCAAACUUAUCAACCUUGGUGCGAAGUGUGUUCAUGUGGGGAAUAGGCAUUGAAUCUGUCGACAACCUCUUCUGUUACUAAUUAUAAAUUCAAUUUGAGUUUCAGCUGAGAACAUGUGGGAAAUCGGCAACGCAAAUAUUAAACUUUCAUUUCUGUUUGGUAGGAGGAGGAUUCCUUGGAUAGGUAAUUUGUCUAUUUAUUGUGAGCCUUUGUAACAACUGGCCCAUAGGGCUCUUGUAUCUUCCAAGUCUUUGCCCUUGUAAUAGAAUUGAACCUUCAAACGUGUUUUAAAUUAAUGGAGUUGUACUGUGCUUCAGAGAA